GGAAGAUUAUCGGUGCUGAACGGUCGUUUCUUCAUGUGAUGCGCGAUUAAUAAACCUGAAACGGUGAUGGCUUCAUAAUUUUCAGCGAAAAACCAAAGUUCGGGGAUGGUUGCCCCAACCCGAUGACAUGGGUCAAAAGCCAUCCACUUUGGGUGGCAAACAGUGGAUUUUUCGGCGAGAGCACCACCCGAAUCCGGAACAACCAAUCAAAUUUCAGUAUAAGACGCGACGGAAACACCAAGAGAGAACCACGAGUACCAACAACGAGGUGAAAUGUCGGAUUGUGAAGACGCAAAAUGUGCUCAGGGCGAAAUCCGAGCCGAAUUUGUGCGUGGAGCGAAAGGAGAGGCACAGACAUCGACGCAAGGGCCGGAUCAGGGAGGGCUGGGGAGGAGGGGAGCGCUUCGGGUACGAAAUUCAGGAUGUGGACGAUUUUCUCACAAAGGCCACGAUUGAAAAACCGGCCAACAUUCCGGUCGUCUUGGCCUUCCCGAGCAUUUUGUACCAGACAAGAGUCGGGGGGUACCAGGCCGAAAUCGCGUUGCCUUUGGGGAUGGUUGUCAAUGCGGUGUUCAAAAACCAGCAUUGGUUGUAUGUGCAGACGCCCCAUGCCGAGGAGGGGUACGUCAGCUACGCCGCAUGUCUACCACUAGGGAUCAUUCCGCCCCCCGAGGACGCCGCCCCCGCCCCCUGUUGGGAGAACAGCACCGACGUGUUCCCCAAACCUUGCGGCAACAUGACCGACACGGAAAAACUGAGCUCAAAAUCGGAAUGCAGCGUGGAGACAAUACGUUGCCCCAGUCGGCGCCUCCGCCCCUCGAGCACUUGCGAGGAACGCAGCGUCGACCGUCUCUACCUCAGCGCUGUGGCCUCCUCGAAACGUGGGGGCAAACCCCGCCGCCAGACGCUCCUAGUCAUCACCAGCGACUACUUCGGCCCCGAAGCCGACGCCCUCCACGUGCAGAAGGGCGACGUGGUGGGGCUGUUGCACAGCCACGUGCCCGGCUGGUUCUGGGUGCGCAACAAAGGGGGCGCUGAGGGCUUCAUACCGGCGGUUAUAGCCGGUCACGGUUUUUUGUAAAUUUGUAAAAAAUUAUUUAUUAAAUUAAUUAA